AUGUUCGUAUCCAUUGUGAAAUCGAGGAAUGCACAAAGGGAAGUAGAUGAGAGAGAAAUUGACGCAUACAGACGUGCAAUUGUAGAAGGCAAUGACAGGAUGCAUGGGUAUAGAUUCCAAUUGCAUCCCAACGGUCAUAAAGAAUUGGGGGAGGGGGGGGGGGGGGAGCGGGUUGCGGAGUUCGGUUGUUCAGACGAUGGAGUUGGGAAGAGAUUAAGCUACGCAUCUGUUCAGCAGUUUGCUCACCAGGAGGCUGCUAAGGCCAUGGCGAGGCGCACCGAAUGGGAUUUUCAGACCAUGCUGAAGCACAUGCCUUCUUGUGCAAAGAGUGGAGCAUUUGGUUGUGGUGGCCGUGACUACAGCAGUGAUUAUGGACACGUGCACCAGGGUCACGCGGUAGUGUUCAUCUGA